AUGACUCGAUCUAUCGCAUACUACGAAAGCUGGGCAAGCCAUCGCGUCUGCAAUAAAUACAUGCCAUCUGACAUCGAUCCAACACCUUAUACCCAUAUCAAUUUUGCCUUUGCACUUAUCGAUAAAGAUGGAAAAGUCAUGCUAUCUCUCCAAAAUGACACCAUCCUGUUUGAUCAGUUGAAAGAUGUUCGCGACAAGAGCCUGGGUAGUAACAUCGAGUUAUGGAUCGCAGUGGGUGGAUAUGCGGUAGGAUCAGCGCCGUUCGCCAAACUAGCUGCCACGCAGCAAGGUCGCAAGACAUUUAUUGACUCGGCAUGUACUUUCAUGGAUAAAUACGGUUUUAAGGGCAUGGAUCUCGACUGGGAGUAUCCUGCUGCUACGGAUACGGGCGGCACGACAGCAGAUACCAAAAACAUGGUAUCACUGGUAAAGGAGUAUCGCGAGCAGUGUAAGAACAAAGGCCUGAGUGUGACAUUACCUGGAGGAACAUUCUACAUGAAAGGUUUCGMCCUCAAAGGUCUSGAGCCAUAUGUCGACUGGUUGAACGUCAUGGCAUACGAUCUUCAUGGAAGUUGGGAGAAACCUACAAUCGCAGAACCCCAUACAAAUCUCUCUGAUAUUCAACAGUCACUACAGCUUGUCUGGAACGCAGGAGUCAGUCCUGGGAAAGUCAUACUCGGGCUCGCAGACUAUGGCAAGACCUAUACACUAUCCAGUGGUUCAUGCACAACUCCUGGCUGCGCUGCUACUGGCCCCGGGCUAGCAGGACCGUGUUCCAACGAAGCAGGAAGCUUGCAUAAUGCGGAAAUUAACGCAAUAUUAAAAAAUCAUACAGACAUAAAGCCCCAACUUGAUAAGAAAGCAGCGGUCAAAUUUUUUUCCUGGGACAAGACACAAUGGGUUUCAUAUGACGAUAAAGAGACCCGGCAGCUCAAAAAGCAAUAUGCUGCAGAUAAAUGUCUGGCAGGGACUCUAGAUUGGGCUGUAGAUAUGAACGGUAUUUCGUCAAAAGACACGAAGGACGAUCUGUAG